AUGGGAAGCGAUGAUCCACCUGCCAUCUCGACCCCUUCGCGUCCUCGCUACUCUUUGGCUUCAAAGCGAAGCGGCACGUUCACCACUCUUGCGAAUGCUACGCCCAAUGUUGCCGGUUUCAGUCCGGGAGGACAGGUGUUUGAAGGCUAUUCGUACCUCUCUCGCUCCACGUCCAUGUCGACUUCGACCCGCUCGCGUCCGAAAGGCUUGCAAAGCAGGCCCUCGGAUGUCCUCACAUCGCCUCCGGCAGCUGCAAGCGCCAAAAUGGUGACAUCCCCAUCUUCGCCGAUGAUUCCUCGCGCAGCCAUGUCUCCCGUCUCUAGCCCUUCCGCCAACGCCUUCGACCUUCCACAGCGCAGCAAGACUGUCCACAGAAUGCCCAGCUCCAUCAGCACACCUGAGCUGCAUUCCAUCUCCAUCAUUCCACCCCGCUCCGAUUCGGAAGCAGAACGCUUGGCUGAAGCAGUCGCAAACCUGCCACUUAACCCCAAGACGUGGCUCCCCUCCCAGGUAGCUCUCUAUCUCACACAUGUCCUCGGGCUGGUGCCUCGACCCGUCGUCGAGGACGUGACCGCCUACGUGCGGAGCUCCAGAAUGGGUGGCCGUGCCUUCCUCCGCCUCAGCGAGAAGGACCUAGAGCGUCAAGGGCUCAAUCUCAAAUGGCGCAAACUCAUGAUCGAAGCCGUGCGCAAGCUUCGACGCGAUGCACUUCGUGGUCGCAUCUGGGGCUACGAGUCUGGUUCUCUCCGCUGGCCUAAAUCAUCGCAAGAUUUGGAGCGCGAAGAAGCUGAAGACGAUGAAGGCGACGAGCCCGAAGGUGGAGAUGCUGCUGGGCAGGAUGGGGUCAUGCGCAACUCCAAGGCCACCAGUAAGCUCACACUGAAGCGCAUGCGCGAUAGCCGAAAGGUUCGUGGCAUGAUCCAGGCCUUCCAGACUUCGCCCGAGAAGCAGGACGUGCCUUUGGCUAGCCUUUCCAUCGAUGCUCCAUUCGGCCACGGCUAUGUUCGCGAUCAAGCACAGCAUAUCCUGUCUGAGGCCGAGGAAAAGAAGCAUUCUCUUCGUCGUCCGCUCCGUCCACGCAGAUCGACGGCCGAUUUCCCCUGGCUCGAGAACGCUUUCGGCACGAAACAAGAGGACAUCGAAUCGCUCCUCGCCAAUCUCACGGACCAAGAGGCUCAGCAACUCGCAAACGAGCUAGGGAUGGAAGAUCUGAACGACACAGAAGCCGUCAGUAGAGCACUUCAAACCUGUUCUCCCCGGCGUGAAGGUUCCGGUGACAGCGUCGAAGACGACGUGAUGCAGAUGCCCGAAUUGACUCGUCACGCAUCCGCGGACAGUACAUCUGUCGAGGGCGACAGCUCCCUCUCUGAAUGUAGUGCGACCGAAAGCGAGCUUGACGAUGACUGCGAGAGUCGUGAUGCGGACCGCAAACCUCGGUACGGCGUGCUGGACGAAGACGUCAUUCGAGCAAUUCUCGCUGGCGAAGAGCUCCCUGCAGAGGCUGAGGAGGCUGAACCCGUAUCAGCUUCCACGUCCAGCCAGCUGAGUCGAUCGCACACGACCGCAUCGAUCGUCCGACCCAGCCGUCCGUACCGCGCUUCGCAGUACACCGACGACGAGCUGGCUGCUUUGGACCACAAGGGCUUCCACACCAGGACCGAGAGCUCGCGCGAGCUCGUCGAGGCUUUGAUGUCGUCCGGUCAGGCUGUCGGCGAUCGAGGAGCCGAACCCGAAUUUGGCACUGCACGUCUGCGGUCUGCCGCGGACAAGACUCUUGAUGCACCUCCUAUCCCCAAUUUCGAACCUGCAUCGUCAGAGACGCAGCAGCAGUCCAUAGCAGCAGAAGCUGCGAACGCGGUCGAUGAGUACAUUUUCACCCUACCGGACGCACCUCUUCGAAGCAGAACCAACUCCGUCCGCCGCACUGUCGGUUCCAAAGCCACCUUUGGCAGCAGACGUGGCAAAGCCGUCCUGUCCUUGCUCAACUCUGAUGCCGACAACAGCGAGCUCUUCUCCUCGCUUCCAGGAGCGUCUUCGCUGCGAAAGAACGUGGGCGCUACUGCGGAGGACGAGGAAGGCUGGGGUGGAACCUUGGGCCGCACCUCCAACCGCAAGGGUCUCACUGGCGUCUUUGACGUGCAGCCUCCUUCGGCGAUGAGGAGGAGCGGGCUGGAGAGGGUGGCAAGCGAAGCGGAGGUCGAAGCUGUGCAGGCCAAGGCGGAUGAGAAGGUCGCUGAAGAGGAAGUGGCCGAAGCGCCGGUGGACAGGUACGAGGAAACGGUGCUGUCGGAAGAGGGUGCGGAAGGCGGUAUGUCCAGGCGCGCUUCGGUGGAAGAGCGUCUGUCGUCGCUGUUCAGUGAGGGCUUGGAGGUGUCUGCUACGGAAGAUGUCGAAGUGGGUCCAGCCGCCACUGAGGCUCAUGCUCCAGAAGAGAAGCACAAGGAAGAGGAGGCUCUUCUAAGUGCGAUGAUCGAAGAAGCUGCUGCGCCCGACUCUGCUGAGCCGACAGCAGACAGUUCUUUCAGAGCUGAUGAUGAUACUCCAUCAGGGGAAGCUGCCGAGGCGUAUUUAGCCGUCGAGUCGGAAGAGCUUCCUAUCGUCGAAGCUACGAUGGACGCACUAGACGAAGACACGAUGGAAGCCAACGUGGAAAGCACCGCACCGGUGCCAGAACACGAGCAGAUCAACGUCGAUUUGGCUGCUGCCGAAACUUCAGCCCUGAUCUCCGUUGACGCUUUGUCUGGGACCGCCUCGGUCGAGCCGUUCGAAAUCGUCUCUGCUCCCACUCCUCCUCCUUCUCAACCGCAACUCUUGGUGCCCCUGACAGUCCUCGAACCGCACCCGUCGGGCACUGGAAGCAUCAAGAAGCGCUCCAUGGUGCUCGUCGAUCGCAAACGAUUCGAAAGCCUAGCCAGGCGCAUGACGCACCUCGAAGCUCAAUUGGACACCAUCGACCGCUCUUCCUCCUCCACCGUCAAAGGAAGUGAAGGCCUCAAAGGGAUGUUUGAAUCGCCAGAGUCUGCUGACGAGGACACCGUCGAGGACGGCGAUGCUGUACUGGAAGAGAUCCUCGCCGCUACUUCCGCCACCUCUGUCGCUACAGAGAAGCAGACCGCUAUCCAACCGUUGGAGAUCGACGAGAGCUGCUCUUCCGUUCCUUCGUCGCCGAAAUCGGGCUGGCGAUCGCUCAUAAACCCUUCCUCAUGGGCUUCGUACCUCUCCUCGCUGAACCCGUAUUACUCCCAACCGUCUCAAUCCGAUUCGGCUGAGGAGGAGGAAGACUCGUUGAACCUGUACGCGCUGCUCGGGCGACCCGAGUCGGAUCACGAAAAACAUCUGCUCAGCAUCGGCGCUAUCCCGGCGUACAUGCUGGGGCUAGGCGCGGGUGUUGGUUUCGUCCUCGUCAAGGAGGUUUUGGGUGGCAGGCAUUAA